GCUUUGUUGUCAUGUUUGCUCUCCUUUUACAGUGUGACUCGCUAGAUGGCGCUACAAGCCGGCUCCUGUGUUUUUCUUUCACGCCUGUCGUGUGGUGUUCAUGCCCUCCGCAGACCGCUCUAAGUCCCGGAGCACACUGGAUGCAAGGCUAAUAUUCACGCAGUGUACCGCGUGAGGUGGAUCUAGCGUCACCCGGAGACACCGAGCAGAAGAAGAAGUUGCAGCCCGACCGGCGUGGUGUGGAUCAGAGCAGAGAAGCGUGGAAGGAAGUUGUGUGUGUUUUUUUUUUAGGGACACUCUGGCUGCCACUUGCCCGAUUUAAAGUCAUGCGUUCGAGUCCUGCGCUCCUCCGCACACACCGCACGGUGAAUGGACACGCGCGUGCACAAUGAUGAGCAGCGACAUUUCCAUGAUGACGAGGAGAUGUCUUCUCACUUACAAACCGUUCAGGAUUUUCGUGGCAGGGAUUGGCUUCUUCAGUUUGUGCUUUCUAAUGACUUCUCUCGGGGGCCAGUUCUCAGCCAAGCGACCCUCCGAUUCCCCUUUCACCACACGGGCAGAAGUAUUUGGUGGUCAAGAAUCUCGAGGUGUGCUCAGGAAAAUCAGUGACAUGCUGGAAGUCAUUCUGAAGCGGAUAGACACUCUGUCUAGACUUGGUAACACCACUGAAAGCCACAAACUGGAUGAACUUGCCUCCGUCCUUGACAGAAUUCAGCCGAUAGGUCUGGUGGAACGGAUCCAGGCCAUAGCCCAAAACAUGUCGGACAUGGCAGGCAGGGUGGAGCAGCUUCUACAGCGCAGUAUGGCCAGCAAAAGAGUUAAAGAAGGAACAUUCGGACAGUGUGACAUUCCUAAAGACCCUCAUUACCCAGACUGCCCCGGCAAGAUGGACUGGAUGCGUGCCCGUUGGACCUCUGACCCGUGCUACGCCUUUUACGGAGUCGACGGCUCCGAUUGCUCUUUUCUCAUCUACCUGAGUGAGGUGGAGUGGUUCUGCCCCCCACUGGCCUGGAGGAACCAAACUGCGACACCCACCUUGAAACCACCACCCAGAAAACAAGCUGUUUUCCGGUUUGACACCGGCGCUCUGCUGGAGCAGGUGGGCACCGGGAAAGAGUCUUUAAACUUCAUGAAGAGACGAAUACGCAGGCUGGCAGCGCAGUGGGCUUCUGCUGCCCGACGGCUUGAUGACAAGCUGCGGAGCCACUGGAGGGAUGAGAAGCGGAUUCUCGUCCACGUGGGAUUUCUGACAGAGGAGUCCGGCGAUGUUUUCAGCCCCAAAGUGCUGAAAGGGGGUCCGCUGGGUGAGAUGGUGCAGUGGGCCGACAUCCUCACCGCUCUCUAUGUGCUUGGACAUGACCUCAAGAUCUCCGUUUCUGUCAAGGAGCUCCACGGGCUUUUGGGAGUCCCUCCAGGGAGAGGAAGCUGCCCUCUGACCGGCCCUCUGCCCUUUGACCUCAUCUACACAGACUACCACGGCCUCCAGCAGAUGAAGCAGCACAUGGGGCUGUCACUAAAAAAGCACAAGUGCCACAUCCGUGUGAUUGACACUUUUGGCACGGAGCCGGCUUACAACCACGAGGAAUAUGCCACUCUGCAUGGUUACAGAACCAACUGGGGCUACUGGAACCUGAACAGCCAACAGUACAUGACCAUGUUCCCUCACACCCCAGAUAAUUCUUUUAUGGGAUUUGUGGCGGAGGAAUUAAAUGAUACUGCAAGACUGAACAUCCAGAAAAGCAAAGUGAACAACAUGGCUGUCGUCUAUGGCAAAGAAGUCAGUAUGUGGAAGCUUCACGGUAAGGAAACAUUCCUGUCCAUCCUGCAUCGCCAUAUGGAGAUCCAUGGGACGGUGUACUAUGAAACACAGCGUCCCCCAGAGGUGCCCGCCUUUGUGAAGAACCACGGCCUUCUCCCUCAGCAGGAACUGCAGCAGCUGCUUCGGAAGGCUAAGCUGUUCAUUGGAUUCGGCUUCCCAUAUGAAGGUCCCGCUCCUUUGGAAGCCAUCGCCAAUGGCUGCAUCUUUCUGCAGCCCAAGUUUAGCCCUCCUCACAGUUCUCUCAACCAUGAGUUCUUCAGAGGGAAGCCCACCUCCAGGGAGGUGUCUUCUCAGCAUCCCUAUGCAGAGCAGUACAUCGGCAAGCCGCACGUCAUUACAGUGGACUUUAAUAACUCCGAAGAGUUCGACGCAGCCAUCCGUGACAUCGUAAAGAGUAACGUGGAGCCAUUUUUGCCGUACGAGUACACUUGUGAGGGCAUGCUGGAAAGAGUCCAUGCCUAUAUUCAGAACCAGGAUUUUUGCUCUCCUGAAGCUUCGUUUCCUCCAGUAAACGCUUCGAGGAUAUGGCAAGGCAGCCCACUGGCUCCUUUCAUGUUGCUGCCCAACUCCAGCCUCCUAACUUGGGCGUCCAACGUCACCUCGUACACAUCCUGGCCCCCCCUGGGUGCCCUGCAGCUCUUGGCUUCGUUGCAGGGAGAGUCGUGUGUGAAGGCCUGCCAGGAUGCGGGCUUAAUCUGUGAACCUGCCUUGUAUCGCUUCAUCAACAUUAAGGAAGCCUUUAAUGCGCUGGACUUCCAAUGUGCAGGACUGGAGUCGGAGAUGAAUCACCUCUUUCCCGCCUUCUCAGCAGAACAUGCAGAAUGUAGCCUGCAGCAAGACCCGCUGCUGUUCAGCUGUGCAGGUGCCAGCAUUAAAUACCAACGCCUUUGUCCCUGUAGAGACUAUCGAGAUGGCCAGGUGGCCUUGUGUAGAGACUGUUUGUGACUGGCGACACCUGCUUCAGUUAUCCCAGGAGAUUCUCUCCGACUGGGUAACUUGUGGUCUUGCUCAAACGUUUUGACAUGAGCCACCUUGAAAAAAAUCCUUUACAAUCUGGAUGGAGAAGAAAAAAAAAAAAACCUCAGGGACUUGCAUGAUUGUACUUUAUAUUUGUCGGGCUUUGAGUCUCAGUCGAAAGGUUUACGUGUGUGCUUUAGGACCAUAUGAAAGUUAUUGAUCGUAAAUGUCUGUGAGCUUACAAAUGAAUUUCCAUGCAAGU